UGUGUAACUGCGCGGUGUCUCUCGGUCUUCUGCUCAGCUCCAGAUUACUGGUGCUCGAUUGCGUACUUUGAGAUGGACAUUCAGGUGGGCGAGACGUUUAAGGUGCCGUCUAACUGUCCCGUCGUGACGGUGGACGGUUAUGUUGACCCGUCGGGUGGAGAUCGCUUCUGUCUCGGCCAGCUGAGUAACGUACAUCGCACAGAGGCCAUCGAGAGAGCCAGGCUUCACAUCGGGUGUUUGAUACUGCUAGCACUGUGUCAUCGGGCAAGAGAAUUAGCGAUGGGCGAGGAAGCAGGCAUGCACAGGCGGCGGAGCAGGCUCAGGGCGUGCAGCAGCUGCGGCAGGCGAAGGAGUGGACGCGGUAAGGUGGCACGAGGAAACAUCCCGGGCCCAGGUUCGGUGGGAGGCAUCGCCCCUGCUAUCAGUCUGUCUGCUGCGGCAGGCAUCGGUGUGGACGACCUGCGGCGUCUCUGUAUUCUGCGCAUGAGUUUCGUCAAGGGCUGGGGUCCCGAUUACCCUCGCCAGAGCAUCAAGGAGACCCCGUGCUGGAUCGAAAUUCAUUUGCACCGCGCCCUGCAGCUCUUGGACGAGGUUCUGCACACCAUGCCUGUAGCCGACCCGCAACCUCUGGACUGAUGCUCCAACAUCAAUCCUUCAACCUUAUUACAGUGCAUAUAGCUCAAAAUGACUGACCUCUGACCUGAGACUGAGUCUUCACUGAUUAUUUUUUUUUUUACGCCGUCUGGCAACACGUUAGAAAACCAGCAAUACUACAAAACAACACAAACACUUUGAUCAAUACAACAGGACUGUUCAUCAGAACACAGUAGAAUCAUCACUUUUGAUGUUCAAAGAGGAAAUGGACUCAUAUUGCAUUUAAUCUAGUUUACAGUGGCCACAUACUCACUGCAGAGAAGUCCAGAUGGCACUCCUCUUCAGAGUCUGAUGUUCUGUGCACAACAAUCAUUCACACAACAGAGAUGAAUCGAAUGCAUCUGUUUAUCAUUCA